CCAUUAAUUCCACGUUACAGAAAAUUCCUUACUCCUUAUAUUAAGCUCACGUUAUUGUUUCUCUCUCUCCCUUCAAGAGAGAAAACUACUCUUAAACAUGGCAACAACAACAACAAGGACAAGUUUUCUUCUCUUGUUUCUUGCGUCUCUCUUUUCUCUCUCCGUUCCUUCAUCGUCUUCUUCGACGGAUUCAUUCCUUUUCGGAGGCUGUACUCAACAAAGAUACGCACCCGACUCACCCUACGAGUUCAACCUCAACUCACUCCUCACUUCCCUAGUCAACUCCGCCACAUAUUCCUCCUACAACAACUUCACCAUCCUCGGCUCCAGCCCGCAGGACGUCGUUUACGGGCUCUACCAGUGCCGCGGAGACCUCUCCAUGCCCGACUGCGCCACGUGCGUCGCACGUGCAGUGAGUCAAGUGGGCGGGUUGUGCGCGCAAACAUGCGGUGGAGCUCUGCAGCUUCAAGGGUGCUAUGUCAAGUACGAUAAUACGUCGUUUUUAGGUGUGGAGGAUAAGAGUGUGGUGUUGAAGAAAUGUGGGCCGUCGGUUGGUUAUGAGCCAGAGGCUAUGGGCCGUAGAGAUGCGGUGAUGGCGGGCUUGGCCAAUGCGGGUGGGCCGUAUAGAGUUGGUGGGUCAGGAGGGGUCCAGGGUGUAGCCCAGUGUGUGGGGGAUUUGAGUUUGGAUGAAUGUCAAGAUUGUGUGUCGGAGGCGAUCGGACGGCUGAAAAAUGAUUGUGGUACGGCGGAUUUCGGUGAUAUGUUUCUGGGCAAAUGUUAUGCUAGGUACUCUACUGGAAAAGGCCAUCUAGCUUUGAAGGACCACGGGGAUAAACUUAGCAACGAUGGGGACAAGACAUUUGCGAUUAUAAUUGGAUUGUUAGCAGGAGUAGCUUUAUUGAUAAUAUUUCUUACUUUCAUAAGAAAGAUGUUUGGGGGACAUGGUAAAUAGAAUAUUGAGUUACUGGGCAUACAGCUAUGUCCUUCAAAAAGAUCUACUUUAAUUUGAAACUCUUCUGUUCCUCUUUUUAUUUCUUCAUGAUGUCAACUUUCCUCUUUCUUUUUGCUCUUUUUUCAACUUCAUUUAUAAUAUUAAUUCCUUCAAAUGAUGAGAAAAGGGCAAGUACCAAACAAAGUUGAAAAGGAAGUUCGGCUAAGAUUCCACUCUCCUCUCCACUUGUUGUAUUGUAAAAUCUGCAAAAAUAUAAUGGCCAUAUUCUUUUUGUAAA